UUACCAAUAUCAUCAUCAUCAUCAUCAUCUUUUUGCACAUCGGUUAUUAUAAAAUUUAUUUUCGUUUUUCAUUCUUCUUCUGUCAUUAUACAAUAAAACAACUGUCAUCAUACAUAUAAAAAAAUCAUCAUCAAAAUAUAUAAAUAAAUAAUGAGAGAAUAUAAGAUUGUUGUUCUUGGUUCUGGUGGUGUUGGUAAAAGUGCACUUACUGUCCAGUUUGUGCAAGGAAUUUUUGUCGAGAAAUAUGAUCCAACAAUUGAGGAUAGUUAUCGUAAACAAGUUGAAGUUGAUGGCCAACAAUGUAUGCUCGAGAUACUUGAUACGGCUGGAACGGAACAAUUUACCGCUAUGCGUGACCUAUAUAUGAAAAAUGGUCAAGGAUUUGUAUUAGUAUAUUCCAUAACAGCACAAUCAACAUUUAAUGAUCUGCAGGAUCUUCGAGAACAAAUCCUUCGGGUGAAGGAUGCUGAGGAUGUUCCGAUGAUUUUAAUAGGAAAUAAGUGUGAUCUUGAAGAUGAACGUGUUGUAGGUAAAGACCAAGGUGCAAAUCUAGCACGUUCAUUUAGUAAUUGUGCAUUUUUGGAAUCAUCCGCAAAAGCCAAAAUAAAUGUUAAUGAAAUUUUCAACGAUCUUGUUAGGCAAAUAAAUCGAAAAAAUCCAGAGAAAAAACAAAAACCACCACGCAAAAGUAAAUGUAAUAUUCUGUAGAUUGAUAAUGAUGAUGAUGACGACGACAAUGUUCAGUGAAGUGAAUAGAAAGAACCAACUGGUGGGUCUACAAAUUCAUUUUUUUCAAGAAAUUAUCAAACGACGAUAAAAAAAAUCACCGCCAAAAUCCCCGAUAUAUAUAAAUU